AUGGAAGGUUAUUUAAAGAAGUGGGUGAAUUUCAUGUAUUAAUGGCAAAAUCGUUAUUUUAUUUUGCAUGAAGACUCCUUAAUAUAUUGUUAAUCUAAGGGAACACCAAAGAAAGGUUAAGUUCAUUUAAGCAUUUGUUCAAUAAGAUCUGUGCCUAAAGAUCCAUAGCGAAUUGUUAUAAAUUAUGGGAUGAGCGAAAUGCAUUUAAGAGCUUCUUCUGUUUAAGAGAAGCAAAAGUGGUUAGAUGCGCUUUUGUCAGCUUAAUAGAGAUUUACUUCAAAAUCCUAAAACAAGUUGCUUGUAUAAAGAAAGAAGAACCCUUUUUAUUUCAUAGAAGGAGCGCCAGAAUUAGAUUUGAAACGAAUCCAUACCACCCUUACGUAAUUUUGGGUUAUGUAAGCGCAGUUAGAAGAGUAGAUUUCUCUAAACAAUACUUAGAGAAUCAGCUAGUUGAUUUAGGAAUUAAAACACACAACCACAGCAUGUGCGUAAGAAUUGGAUGAAGAGUAUAACAAGUUGAUUGAAAUCAGUAAAAAACUUUAGGAAAAACUUAGAGAAACAAAUGAUUAAAAUCCUCCCGAUCACGACGAUCUUUAUGAAGAAGAGUUUGUACCAACUGAAUAAUUUAUGAGCUUCAAAAUGGAUGAAGAUGAAUUUUAUUCAAUUAACAAUGAACUUUAUGAUGACAGACAAUUAGUAAGGAGACUCUCAUCAAAGAAAAUGUCCGUAGCAGGUGUGUCUCCUUUAUUCCAAGUACUUGAAUAGCUAAGAAUUCCACAACCUAUCAAAUAUAAAAAUCUAAUCAAUAAUGAAGCAUUUAAAGAUAUGAUAAUAGGUAUUGAUGAAACCAGAGAAUAAUUACCUGCAUUUAAGGAUCCGAAUGAAAGCAUUAAAUUUGUUUCACUAUUAAAAGAUAUGAUAGGAAAGGAUCUCACUAAAAUUGCUUUCCCAGUAACAUUCAAUGAACCUUUAUCUAUGCUUUAAAAUUUGUGUGAAAAUUUAGAAUAUUCAGAAAUUCUAGAUCAAGCAGAUUAAUUUUCAAAUAGUUGUGAAAGACUAGCUUAUGUAAUGAUUUUUGCCGCAUCUGGGUUGUCAGCUACUAUAAAUAGAGUCAAAAAACCAUUUAACCCAAUUUUAGGAGAAACAUUUGAAUUUUCUUGCCCAAAAUUUAAAUAUAUAUCGGAAUAAGUUUCACAUCACCCCCCAAUAUCAGUUGGCUAUGCAGAAAACGAGCAUUUUGAAUUUUUGUCAGAUAAUAAUGUGACUACAUCCUUUUGGGGUAAGUCAAUUACUGUGACACCUCUGGGCUGGGUAAAUAUUAAACUAAAGAAAUAUUAAGAUUAAAUAGCAUUUCAAAGAUGCAAAUCCUCAUUUAAAAACUUAAUAAUGGGCCCAUAAUAUUUAGACCAUUACGGAGAAAUGAAAUUUAAGAAUGAAUUCACUGGAGACACUGGAACUCUUAAAUUAAUAGAGGGAUCAUCUGAAGCAUCUUAUGAAUUAAAAGGAUUUGUUAAAGACAAAUUAGGAACUUAAUAUUGUACUAUCUAAGGCAAAUGGAAUUCAGAAAUCUGUAUAACUGUGGCAGGCAUGACCAAAGUAGUUUGGGUUCGAAAUGCAUUACCUUAGAAAUGUGAUUAGCAAUAUUAUUUUACUCGAUUUGCCUUAUAAUUAAACCAUUUAAAUAGAUAACUGAUAAAAACAUUACCACCAACAGAUUCUAGACUGAGACCUGAUUAAAGAGCCUUAGAAAAUAGUAAUAUUGAUUUUGCUGCAAUUGAGAAAACGAGAUUAGAAUAAAAGCAACGGUUAGCUCGAAAAGAACUGCACGAACAUAAAAAAGAUCAUAUUCCAAGAUGGUUUUUAUAAAGAAAUGGAAAAUUUUCAUUUGGGCAAGAAUAUUGGAAAGUCAAAGAAACACCAGAAUUCUAAACAUAAGCAUAUGACAUUUUUUGA